ACAGUCAUUCAUUGGUUGGAGUGUAAGGUAGCGUAGUCAUGCCUGAACCAGCGAAGUCCGCGCCUAAGAAAGGCUCCAAGAAGGCCGUCACUAAGACCGCCGGGAAGGGCGGGAAGAAGCGUAAGAGGUCCAGGAAGGAGAGUUAUGCUAUCUACGUCUACAAAGUCCUGAAGCAGGUUCAUCCCGACACCGGUAUCUCUUCUAAGGCGAUGGGAAUCAUGAACUCGUUCGUCAACGACAUCUUCGAGCGCAUCGCCGGUGAAGCGUCUCGUCUGGCUCACUACAACAAGCGCUCCACCAUCACUUCACGGGAGAUCCAGACCGCCGUGCGUCUGCUGCUGCCCGGUGAGCUGGCCAAACACGCCGUGUCUGAGGGCACCAAGGCCGUCACCAAGUACACCAGCUCCAAGUAGAGCUCCGCUCAAACUCACAGACCCAAAGGCUCUUUUAAGAGCCGCCCAUCUAUUCGCUGAAAGAGUUUUAAUUUUGUG